GCCUCUAGGGGGAGCAGCAGUUUAAACCAAAUCAAAAAAGAGUCACUAAAAUGAGCAGAAGAAGAGAUCACACUGGUUGUUUAUUAGCGUUAUUGUUUUUUCCUCAAUGAAGCAGUUGAUAGUUGAAAUUUAUCAGACGGAGGGGCUUUCUUUUUCUUUAAAGUUGUUGUUUCACGUACAGCAUGUUAGGUGACGGUACAACAGUGUGUUGUGAAACGGGGGAGCUCGUAGAUAAAGAUGAUGGGCUGAAGUCUGAGCAGCUGCAGGGCUUUAAACAGGGAGGAGAAGCAGGACUCAGUCUGACCCCUUCCUCCAGGUUUCUGCAGGCUGAACUGGAGCUGAAUGUCCUUCUUAGCCGGCUGUCCUUCACAGAACCCGUCCGCUAUAUCUACAACCCUCUGGAGUACGCCUGGGAAACUCACCGCUGCUAUGUGGAGAGGUAUUGUCAGAGCGGACAAUCGAUCCUGUUCCUGGGCAUGAAUCCAGGUCCUUUCGGGAUGGCACAGACAGGGGUGAGCACACCAUUCUUACACAAUCCAUGUUUCAUUUUGCAUGUAUAAAACUGCUGAUAGCCAUUGAUAUUGUGGUGACAAACAAACCAUGUGAUCUGCAGCCUUGGUCUCGUGUAAGCGGAAGUGGACCAAAACAAAAACAAACCGCAAUGGUAACUUAUAAACUUGGCUCUACCUGUGGUGAUGAAUACACUGAUAUUUUAGAUCACAUGCGUUUCUUAGGUUUUGAUUAUGAGACUUAUUAAUUUUACUAUUAAUUUUACUAGAUUUGAUAUGACAUUUGAUAUCUCAGGGGAGGGUGGGGUAAGUUGAGCCAAAGGGUAAGUUGAGCCACCCCCUGUUUGGAAAUGGUAAAAGAAAUUGAUCACAUGACCAAAUAUUUAGGAGAUGGGCAUCAAUUCAUGGAGUCUGUGAAGGUUAGAAGCACAUGGGUGAAGGGCUUAGACAUUUAUUUCUACAUUUUUCACUAUUGAAAGUGAAUUUAGUCUGUCAUAAAUUUUAUUAGAAUUGUGUUCAGACCAUGGACUGUAUAUACUAUGGACAACUUGGUUCCGCCUCCUGCCUGUAUAAGGAUUCCAAGCUGAAAAGCGCUCUGUAUUUCUGGGAUUUUUCUUCAUUUCCUGAAACCAACAUUGCGCAGUAGCGAUGCGCGUAUUCGGCCGCGCAGUCGUCGAAAGUCGCUGUGAUGACGCUCGGCUCAAACAGCGUAUCCCCCGAGAGAGCUACACGAUCCCUGAACGCCCAUAGGCUGUAUCAGGUGUCAAUCAUAGAAAACAUGAACCCCCUAAUAACUUUUAAAAACAGAGCUUCACAGAAAAAAGAGGACUUGAGCACAAACCAGUCUUACUGUAACUACAUGUCAACAUCACAAGCAGGGGGGAGAAAGAUGUAUAUUCUGUGUAAUAAAUUUCUAAAGUUUGUCCGCAGCUCCAUAAGCUUUGCUGGCAGAGGCGGGAUUUAUGACAUAUACUGCAGCCCGUCAACAGAGGGUACUGUUCUUGGAGUGGCAUCACCCAGCAAGGAGGCAGACGGCGUCCAUUCUAUAUACAAUCUAUGGUUCAGACCAAAAAAAAGAUCAUUUUAAAUUUGUUUUAUACAUCAAUUGUGGUAUCUAUGAGCUACAACAUGAGAUCAAAAACCCUAGCAUAAAAGUCCACCAUUUUAGCUUAGAGGACUAAUAAAGUCAUAAUAGUAGUUAUUAUUACUCUAAAAGACACAUGUAGCCAAUGCAGAGAUUUUUAAAAUUAGUGUGAUGUGGGCUCUCUUCCUGGUCUUCGUCAGCAUGCGUGCAGCUGAAUUUUUUUAGGAGCUGAAGCUGUGAAAUGUUUUGUCUCUAACUAGAUACACUAGUUAGAGACAAAACUAUGAUUGCCUAGAUGCAGUGAUUGGAAAUAAAAUGGCUCAUCUUACCCCACUCUCCCCUACACAUACUCCACACAGCCAUUCAACAACACCCUCAACAUGCAACAUCACAAUAUGUCAAAAGUUCCUGCUCGAUACUGUUCUGUCUUAUUUUUGUUUGAGUGUCCACACUUAAAGUUGUAAAAACCUUUCUAUCCACAGGUUCCCUUUGGUGAAGUCAGGUCUGUUGUUGAUUGGCUGAAGAUCACCGGGGAAGUGGGUCAUCCUCCUAAUGAGCAUCCAAAGCGGCAGAUCAGAGGACUCGCUUGCACUCAGAGUGAAGUGAGUGGUGCUCGUUUCUGGGGCUUUUUCAAGAAACUUUGUGGAGAACCAGAAAAGUUCUUCAAACACUGCUUUGUGCACAACUUAUGCCCACUCAUUUUUAUGAGUGCCAGCGGGAAAAACCUAACACCUCCUGAACUGCCUGUGGGUGAGCGGGAGAAGCUCCUGGCCCUGUGUGACAUUACACUGUGCAAGGUAGUGGAGGCGCUGGGUGUUUCCAUGGUGAUUGGAGUUGGAAGGGUGGCUGAGCAGAGAGCCCGGCGAGCCUUGACUGCUGCAGGUGUCAGUGUGCGAGUAGAAAGCAUCAUGCAUCCAUCACCCAGAAACCCAAAGGCCAAUAAAGGCUGGGAAGGAGAAGCCAGAACCAGACUGACAGAACUUGGAGUCAUUUCACUGCUAAGCAUGAGCAACAAUAUGAUGAAAAAUCACAAGGAGAAUGAGUAAGAGGCUUAUUGGAACAGUUAAAUCUACUACUAAAGAAUAUAAGCUAACAUCAACCUCACAGGCCACUUUGUGAUGCACAAAGCACUCCAAAGAGAAUCUGGUAUACAGCCGUGUCUGCUACUGUCUUCCUUUUCAUAUUGAGAGGUGUGGGGUGAGGUAGAGGGCUGCAAACAGCUACAGUCCAGGUAAAGUCAUUUAUAAAUUUUACACACUAAUCAAAGAAAAGGAGUUCAAGAAACAAAGAAAGCAUAUAUUGAAAUAUGCAAAAAUGUAGGCUAAAGGUGUUUGUGAAGGUGCUUUGUUAAAGUGUUGAACUCUAGUUAGAAUUCAUUCAGCUUCUUAAGACUUAAGUCAUUUUGAGUGAAAAGAUGUUAGAAAAUGUGGAUGAUUUGGCAUUACUUGGAAUGCUUUUGCUGAUAUAACCUUUGUUUGUCCUACUGCACACAAGAAUAUUUUUGUAUUUUUCUACAUUGUCAAUGUCUUGAUUGUUUUGUUUUUACGUGUUUUAUCUUUUUAUGCAGUGAUUUAUCUACAGUUUUAUCAUUGUAUUGAAUUUCUUUUCAGGGAUCAAUAAAGUUCUUCUUAUCUUAUAAGUUUCAU